CUUGUACCAGCAGAGGUCAACAAAGAGCAGUGGGUUCUGACUCAGUACAAACUCGGCAGUCCUGUAUUCACUAGAGUCAGAUGAGAUGUGACAAGUGAAACAGGAGGGUGUGUUGUCUGUCUGUCCUCUGCCAGUUGCACUGUGCCUUCCUCUGUCACCUUCUAGACAUCCUUCCAAGGUCCAGGGAUGGGUGAUACCCAAGAUUCCUCAAGUAUCCCCUCUGAGGUUAUACUCUGUGACACUUUCUCCCUUGUACCAGGCACUGGCUCUCCCUUGUCACUCAUCCUCACCCACAAGGAGCUUCUGAUUCAGAAUCUGUCCCUGGACGCUCAGCUGUCUCCCCAAUACUCCCUUGCCCUGACCGACUGCAUCGGAUGCCGCUCCUUCAGAGGAAAAGACCCAACAGACCUUGGGGGUUAUUUUACUGCAGUGUUUUACCCCCUUAGAGGCAAGGCGCUGGGGACAACAGUUUAUCGGCAGAGAGUUUCCAGGACGUUCAGAGCAGAAGGUUCAAGAGACAAAGAGCAGAACUUUAAUGUUGCUCAGAGCUGGGCCAAGAAAAUAUGGGAAAUGGCUGAAGAGCAAGAGCAUCCUGGCAACCCUCUGCCUUCCUCAUGUCGCUUUCUGGUACUACUAAAUCCAUUUGCGGGAACCGGAAAAGCCUCAGCCCUCUUCCAAACACACGUGAUUCCCAUGUUAACGGAGGCCAAUGCCACCUUCACUCUCCUAGAGACAGAGAGGCCCAAGCAAGCGUAUGAGUUGGUGCGUGAUGAGGACCUGUCCGGCUGGGAUGCCAUCGUUGUGAUGUCAGGGGAUGGGCUGGUGUUUGAGGUUAUUAAUGGUUUGAUGGAGAGGCCGGACUGGGUCUGCGCCAUUAAGAAGCCGAUUGCUGUUCUACCAGGUGGAUCUGGGAAUGCUCUGGCUGCAUCUAUCAGUUACUAUUCUGGGCACAAACAAGCGGUGGGCAACAAGCUGCUGAACAAUUGUACAUUCAUCCUGUGCAAGGGACAGCCUGUACCCCUGGAUCUUGUAUCUUUUACCACCUCCUCUGGAAGGCGUAUCUUCUCUUUCCUCAGUUUUGCUUGGGGUUUAAUCUCUGACGUGGAUAUUGAGAGUGAGAGGUACAGGUUUAUGGGUUCUGCCCGUUUCUCAUUUGGCACUUUUGUCAGACUGACGGCACUACGUACCUAUAGAGGGCGCCUCUCGUACCAAGCCGCUAAAACUUCAAUGGACACUGCACCAGAGAGUGACUCACAUAGGCGCACCUUAAAUGAUUCUACAGAUAUUGUGAACCCCCAUGUUUUAGAGGACUCAUUGCUUGUCCCAUUGAAUGAGCCAGUUCCACCUCACUGGACAACUGUUAUGGAGGACCAGUUUGUGCUUGUCCUGUUACUCUACCAGUCCCACCUUGGGGCUGACCUCUUCACUGCUCCGAUGGUGCAGAGCCCAGGAGAAGGGGUCAUGCAGCUGUUCUACGCCACCUCUCGAGUCUCCCGGGCAUCACUUCUUAAACUCUUCCUUGCCAUGGAGAAAGGGACUCACUUACAUGAGUCCAUCCCUCACAUAAUCAAUGUCCCUGUUACAGCAUUUCGGGUGGAACCAUUUGAGAGCAAUGGGAUCAUGACUGUGGAUGGAGAGGCUAUACCAUGUUGUUCCCUCCAGGGUCAGAUACAUAAAGGUCUUGGACGCAUCAUAAGUAUCCCGCAGCCAUCAUGAACUAUUAUGGAGGAAGGCCUCAGUGUAUUUGUAACAUAUCUACUGACCCUCUUCAGAGUUAUUGUUAAUGGUGAUGGAGCAUGCAGCAGAAAACUUUGUUGGUUCCUUUCUAAAUUCAUAAGCUAAACCACAGCUACAAGCAGCUCCUAAGCAAUGCAAAAGUGUUACUUCUACCAACUUCACCAUAUUCAUGGCGCCUACCUACAGCUGCUAAUCUAAGAGGUCUAACUGUUUUUGGAGGCAUAUGGAAGUAAACCUUGCUAAAGACGCCUCUUGUCACAUUCCCAAAGAACAGUCUAUAGAAAACUAAAGGGACUUUGCUCAUGACUUUAUAAAUUCCUUUAGGCUAGGGUCAGAUGAUGGGGGAUCUCUGCCUGCGUUUCUCCGCAGGCAAAGAAUCCACUACCCUGCUGCGCUUCUACUCCUGGUCUGCCUGCAACCAUAAGUAUUUUUUAUGCUCAGGUGCAGGCAGACACGGCGGAUUUUGGUGCCAAAACGUAACAUUUUACAUUUCGUGUCGAAAUCCACCCCGCACUUCAAAAGGCUAGGGUUGCAGCAGGGCAGCGGAUUCUCCGCCAGCGGAGAAUCCGCAAUGUAAUACAUUUUCUGCUGCUAGCCUUUACAUUAACCAGCUCAGGUAAUGAGAUUUACUCGGCUUUAUUCAGUGCCUUCAAUUUUUAGGUCCCAGUACCAUCAGGCAGUGCAUAGCUAAGCCUCGGAAUCUCACAUCUUGCCCAAGAAACCUCCCACAUUCCUCCCUAUAUUUAUAGUUUUUCAGCCAAAACAAAAAUUAUAGCUGGAAGUGUAGGAGGUGAGGUGGAUCCAGAGGAAGAGUUCUAUGUCAUGUUUGGAUAUGACACUAGAAUGAGAGUUUGUGAGGAAGGCUAUAUUUAUCUGUAAAAAAACGUUAUUUUUAUAAAAAUGGUGCAUAAGUGGUGAUUCUUUCAUCUCAUCUUAACCUCCUUAUUCCUAAGAGAAGAAAUCAGACCCGGGCCUCUGUGGUUGGGUCCAAACAACAAUUAGCUUUUUGUUCACAGUGCAAAAUGCUGAUUGGCUAAUGAAACCUGUGAGUGUUGAGUGACUGAUCAAGCAGCCAUAGGAUGAGGGUCACGCGGGGACCAGUAAAUAGAUCAGUUCAAUGUAUCUAUGCAUGAUUAUGUCUAAGUAUUCAAGUAUAAGCUCGGCAUACUUAGGCAAUUUCCCAUCCCUUUAACAUAAAUACAGAAUGUGCAUUUAGAUUGCAAACAUGUUCUGCAACCACAGGUGUAGAACAUUCACAAGUGAGCCACUUGAUCAUAACAUCAGACUUGGGGAAUCCGGGCCCAUGCACACACCUUUGGGCCCCAACUGGCCCCCAGUGAAUCUUUCCAGCUUUUAAAUAGACCCUAACUACCAAUAAACCUUUGCUUUGUGAGGCUACAAUAUGACUGUUAUUGUUUAUUACCCAUCUUACUGUUUAAGCCUCUCCUAUUUAUAUUCUAGUCUUUCAUUGAGACCCCUGCCCAGUUGCAAUGGUAAUUUGGACCUUAGCAACCAGAUAGCUGCUGAAAUGCCAAACUGGACAGCUGCUGAAAAAACAAUGCUUAAUAAUAAAAAAUGAAGACCAACUGCAGAUUGUGUCAGAAUAUCACUCUCUACACCAUACCAACAAAAACGUAACCAAAAUGAACAGUUGUUUUUUCUAGAAAGAAAAUACAUUUUAUUCAUUAUAUUUAUAUUAUUUUAUUUUAUAUUCAAUCAUCACAAAAACAUAAAAAAGUGUAUUCAAAAUAAAAUUGAAAGA